AUGAAGUGGGUUAUUAUAUGGAUUUUAUUUCUUAAUAUGUGUACUGGAUAUAGAGUGCUACUCGUAUUUCCAUUUCCGUUCAAAAGCCACAGUAUAUUUGGUGAAGGAUUCGUACGGCAUUUGAUUAAUGCCGGUCAUGAGGUGACGUACGUUACGCCGUUCCCUUUAAACAAUACAAACCCAAAGCUGCAUCAGAUAGAAUUAACCAGUGACAACAGUUUUAAACCGUCUUUAAAUCUUAAAGACAUUUUUGAGAGGAAUAUGAGACAUGAAGGAUGGAAAAUAUUUCUCAUGAUGAAAAGCGUGGCAGAGAAAACUGCUUUGAAUGUAAAAGUGCAGGAACUUUUAAAUGAUACGGGUCGGAAAUUUGAUGUAGCCGUCGUUGAGUGGAUGGAUCACGAGAUUUAUAGCGGGUUCUCAGCAGUCUUCGAAUGUCCAUUUAUAUGGUUCUUUCCUUACGAUCAAUACAUUGAGAUAUUUCGUUUGAUUCACACUCCGCCAAAUCCCGCCUACACACCUAAUGCGAAAACUAUCAAUGUCCCGCCAUUUACAUUUAAACAGCGAGUUCAAGAACUUUGGUACACGAUGGUGACCCUGUUUAGGAGACAUUUCUUCAUUCACUCUUUGGAAGAGGAAACUUAUAGAAUUUUUUUCGAGCCAGCGAUGAAUAAGAGAGGGAAAGAGUUACCAGCCUAUAGCGAUGUGAAAUAUAACGCGUCUAUCGCAUUUAGUGGUUCACAUAUAAGUUUGAGGGAUCUUCCAGAAGUCCCGAGUGCUCUGAAAAUGAUUGGUGGAUUUCAUGUAAAGACUCAAAUAGAACCAUUGCCAGAGGAUCUGCAAAAGAUAAUGGACCGGAGCAAGCAAGGUGUAAUAUUAUUUAGCAUGGGAACACAACUAACAUUUGGUGGAUUAUCGAACCUAGUAACAGAACUUGUUAAUACGUUUAGUAAGCUAAAGUACACAGUUCUGUGGAAGACAAAUGAAGAGAGCUUUGCAUUACCAAGUAAUGUUAUUGCUAAGAAAUGGGUUCCUCAAGUUAGUGUUUUAGCCCAUCCAAAUUGUAUUCUGUUUAUCACACAUGGAGGUUUAUUAUCAGUCACAGAAGCUGUUCACUUCGGAGUACCUAUUAUUGGUCUCCCAGCAUUUGCAGAUCAGUUCAUUAAUGUCAGAAAUGCUGUAAACAAUGGUUUUGCUAAAGAAGUGAAGUUAUCUGUUAAUAUGGGAAAUGAGUUACUUUUAGCAAUCAAUGAUGUUACAAAUGAUCCAAGAUAUCUUGCGCGCGCUAAAGAAAUUUCCCGCAUCUACCACUCCCGCGUAGCUCCCCCUGGUGUAGAGUUAGUUCAUUGGAUAGAGGAAGUGGUGACGUCACGGGGCGCGCCCCAUUUACGCUCUCCCGCGCUCACUAUGCCCUUUUACCAGAAGUACUAUCUCGACUUGGCCGCUACUAUUCUAAUAAUACCAGUCAUAAUGUAUCUUACGCGGAGUUUGAUUUAUUCGCUUAGGAAAUCAGACCUUAAAAAUAAGAAAAAUGAUUAA